AUGUCUUCUCUGUUUUCAAUUGGUGAAGAUGAGUUGGAUCUGGACGACGAGGUGAGCUUAGUAAUCAAUUCUAAGAUAGUUUCUUUUAGUAUAUAUGUUGUAGUUAAUUUUUUAUUUCAGGUAAUUUUUGUUUUUCUUUUGUUUUUGGGUAUGGUAAUGUAUGCUAAUGAAAUUGAAACAAAAGAAAAAUAAAAAAUACCUGGGGUAGCAUUAGCAUUAGUGUAGUUUCUCUUGAAAUAUUUUGUUAUGUAAAAAGCUCACUGGAAGAGCAUUAUUAACGAAGAGACACCUGUGAAUAAAGCUUGAUUAUUUGUUGUUGUUCUUGUUGUUGUUGUGCGCAGUGGCCAUGUUGGAGGAGUAAAACAAUAAAACGAUUUUCCUUUGGGAAAAAGUGUCAUUUUCAUGCUAUUAGUUUUUUAUUGCUUACUUCUACAUUAUGUACAACAUGGCCAUCGUGCUCAGAUCUCAGAUCAGGAGGCACUGAUCUCAGAUCAGGAGGCACUGAAGGAAACUAUGCUCAAGCAGUGCCCAGUGCCUCCUUGUGACUUUUUUCAUUUGUUACAUGUGCCUGUGUCAUUGCUCAACCAUCUUCGUAUUUUUGCGUUUAGAAACUUACAAUGCCCGGACCUUUGGCCAGCUGCAAUUCAUACUUUAGAACUUUUAGGCUACCUACAUGAACAGUACUUCUCAGAGUAGGACCUUGUAUUAAACUAUCUAUUUUAGCAUGAGCUUAUACAUGUAUGUAUUUUUUUGUUUUUGUUUUGGAUUUUUAAAAGGAUUGCUUACUGGCAGCAUGUGGCAUAAGCUCUUCAACUGAUAGGGUAGUAGAAGAUUCCAAGAGUAAUUCAGUUACUGGUUUGAACCAAUCAAGCUUUACAAGGCAGCUCUUGAGAACUAAAGAAGCGGAAAAACAACAAAAGAGCUGUGAAAGACGGCCUUUUGAAUCCAUCAGUAACAAAAGCAAAAGUGAAAGGACCUCUAACCUUAAAAGGUCUUCAGAGCAAAUACAUAGGAGUUCCUCUUUUAUAAACUGUCCAAACAACAACUCAACUUCACAUCUGUCAACUAGUGCACUGAAUAUUCCGUUUGCAAAGCGAUUUGCUAUUGAUCCACACCAGACUUUGGUAAAACCAACUGCAUGUAAUUCUCCAAGAGGCAAUGUGCUUUGUUCAUCUUCCACACUAAACUCAACAGACCAUUCAUCUCUUACAACACAUUCUUGUGAUAAUUCUUCACCAGUUCAGAGGAACUCAAUUGCUGGUGUUUCAAAAAUACAGGGACUGCAACAAUAUAGCUUUAGACCUUCAAGUUCAAGCAACAGAGUGGGUCACUCAGUAGACAGUGCCUCAUCAUCAUCUGGAAGCGAUCCUACACAUUCAUCAACACCUUUACUAAGGAAAGAAUUUUAUAGAUUGCGCGAGGUUUCAUCUAAUUGUAACAAGGCAUUAAGCAGUUCAAAAGAUGCAGCUAAUUCUGCAUUAAUACAAACAAAAAAACAUUCAACAGGACCACUAGUGGCUGGAAUUCCAACUGGAGAUCUUUCCAAUAUAACAGGCAGUACAGCUACCAGCUCCUCUAGUGAAAGAAAAAGACAGUCUAUUACAAGCGCCUUUAAUAAAAAUAACAUUGGACCAAGGGAGUUUGAAAGCCCUAGAGUGUCCAGGCAGAGUGCUAUUUCAAGUCCUAGGACACCACAGGCUUACCAAGCUGUUACUCCACGUACCAGCAAAACACCAAUUUCAAGGAAGUUUCCUGGUCCUGCUGGGCUGCUGCCUAAACUGGUGAGUAAGAAAUGUUUUUAUUAACACUAAGGGUCUCAAGUAAAAGAAAAAUUUCACUGAGUUAUGUUUUAAAAUAGAUAAAAUGUUACUAAUUAUUUGAAUGUAUUGUCGACUUUCAUGUAAGGAGAACAAACUAUAUUGUUGUUUGGUUUACUGCAGAGUCCUGGUCGAAACCUUGAUGAUUCUUCUUUUGCAUCUCCACUACCAACUACAAAAAAACCAUCAACAGUUCAGAGUAAAGUACGUAAUGAUGUUUUAUUUUAUUUCUAUAAGACUGCAAGAUUUAGUAUGCUUUUUUGUAAUAGUAUAGUCAUGUGGCACAAGUAAAGUGAAUACUUUUCAGUUUUGAUCACAGUUGAACCUCUGUUUCAUUGGCUAAGUACAGUGAGCAAUAAAUUAUUAUUGUUUUGUCCACUGUGACUCGAUAACAAAUUGCUAAAUCGAGGUACAUGGCAGCUUAAAAGAACACUUGGCUAAUAUGUUGUAGAGCUAGCACUGACUGACUAUAAAUCUUUCAUUCUUGUUCUUGGAGUGUGAACACUGUCUUGUGAAUUUGAGUAUACAGUAUUGCAUAAAAAUAAAUGCUCUUAACAGCAUGCAUGUAAGUCUUGACUGACAGAGGACCAAUAACAUGGUGACAUAAUUGACCAAUCAGAUCAAUAACCAGAGUAUAAUACCAUGAACUGACGUGAUAUAACUCACUUUGACUCUGAAGAUGACUACCGCACAGGUUUUUGAAACGUCAGUCACUGUCAACAACAACAGUCCUAUUCUGGACUACGUUCACCUGGACGAUCAAACUCAACCUUUUUUUCUAAGGAUUGUGAUCAAAUGAAUAAGCAUUGUAUUUGUACUAACUAUUGUUACAUGUAAAAUAUUCCACAAGAUUGAUACACUGUUCUUCUCCUUCACAGGUUUCUCAGUCAAGUACAUCAGAAGAUGACGAUUUUAAUCGAGAUCCAUGGACUUGUAUGUAUCAGGAAUUCCUCAAAAGUAAGUUUAUGUGUGAUCUAGUUUGCAACUUUUUACAUGUACAGUGUAUGUCUAUUUUCAACUGUAAAAAUCCAGUUAUGUGCCUUUUCUCUUCACCUUGGACCUUCAAUUACAUAAUUAUACAUCUGUAAAUUGUCAGUGCUAUAUUGGCAAUUUUGCGCUUUUGAGUAAUUUUAUAGAAAAAGUGCAAUAUAAGUAUUAAAUAUUAUUAUUAUUAAUAUUAUUGUUAUUAUUAGUUUUCAUCCAUGUUCUCUCCCCUGUUGUUCUUUGAUGUAGAGUCUGUUUGAGUUUUACUGUACUGCCUGAAAUAAGUACAUGUAUAUAUAGUCCAUUAUUUCACCACUUUAGUUCCCAUAGGUGUCCAGUCCAGAGGGACGGGGGAUAAGAGCUGGCAACAGAUUUAUUUCUUUAGGGGAAGGACAAGGAAUUAGAUUUGUACUUCAUGCAUUGUUUUAUGCAAUAAUUUUGUGACUGAUGAUACGUCUGUAACUAACUGAAAGAGAAAAAGCUGUGAUCAUAUUAACGUUUUUGCUGCAGAUGUUCCGUUGACAAUGAGGUAUACCAUAAUCAGAGCGCAUUCAGAGGUACAAUUGUUUUGUAUGUUUAUACAUCUACAGGACUGGUGCCGAUGCAUUUACUGUUAGCUCUCACUUUGUGGUACAGUAAAACCCUGUGUAUAAGAACCUGGGUUUUAAGAACCUGUUAGGCUAAAAUUUUCAUUUAAAGCCCCCUCCACAUAAGAACCUAUUAAGGCUAAAAUUUUAAGUGAGGUUCUUAUCAGUGGAACUGGUCAUGAAUGUAUUGUAUUUGUCCCAAGAUUUUCUUGGUAUCAACUUUGAAAUGGCAUUUCAGAGAACUGAGUAUGAUUUUGUUUGUUAUGGUUUGUUAAGGACAUACCUGCACUGUACUGCCUUUAGGCAUUACUGUAUGGUAUAAAUGAUUUAUAUUGUAUUAUGAGAUGAUAAAUUAUUUAUAAUAUAUUUAAAUGAAAUUCAUAUGAAAUUAUAAGAACCUAUUUUAAGAACCUUUAAGAAUCUGUUCAGGACAGUACCCACCUGGACAACCAUGUUCAUUACUUACGCGUUGUACAUGUAUGUAUGGACAUGCACACGGACAGAUUCACAUUGGACAUUUCCCACAUUACAUGUACUCAAUAGGCAUCAUCGUAUUAUAACUGAACAAGAAUAUUCAUUCAAUCCUGUAGGCUAUUCAGCAAACACUAGAUCAUGGUAAAGUGCCAUGUCUGUGUGCUCUUGUUAAAGCCUUUUCACUCAAAGAAGCAGAUGCCAGUGUUUUGCUCAAGGAUCCUACAGGUAUGAUAAACAGGGGCAAAGUUGAUAUCCAGUCAGGAUAACUUGAGGAUAUAAAAACAUCCCCCAUUUAAUUAUUGAUUUUAAAUGUAACUGGCAAUUAUUGGAGAUAUUAGGCCAGUUAUGAUAAUAUCAUGAAGAAUUAUUCAGAUCGAAGAGGAUGCUGGACAAACCCACAAGCAAUUGAUAAUGCCCUCUCAGAUCGGUAAACAUUCUUCAUAUUCUAUUUUUCAUUCAAAAUAUUGCCAAGGGAAAAUUAAGCCCGUUCAUGGAUUUACCUGUUCCUGGGACGUUUCAGGGUUUAGCAAAGUUUAGUCUUGCCGAUAUUCUUAAAAAGCAGUUGUAAUCUGUCAAGUGGUAUUUAUGCUAUUUUUGCAGCUACAUUGUAAGUUUCUUGGCGGUAUUUAUUUUUCUUAAGUUACCAUGCAAUUUUCUCCAAUUUUCAAUUAAAUUUUCAAUUUACUGAAGUUUGUUUACUUCAAACAAGAUAAAGGUAAUGUAAUAUUUUUUUAUGUAAAUUACUAUCUGUUGUGUGUUCUGCUGUUUUUUGAGUGAAUUUAUUUUGUUUACCAGGUGAGAUUCAUGGAACGCUGCAUCGCAAAGUUCUGGAAGAUUAUCAAACUGAUUUGGCUCCCGGGGCAGGACUGAUACUGAAACAUGUAAGUAUCAUCAAGUUAACCACAAAGACGAGCUAUAAAUUUAGGACUUACAUGUUCAUUUAUCUAGUAUGAUUAUUAAAAGGGAGGACAAGUUGACCUUCAGAACGUUUUUAAAGCAGUUAAUGGUAUUUGUGUAAUGUUAUUAUUUUAGUUAGCCUUGCAACAGUCUCUCAACUUUGCCCUCAUUUUGUCAAGGCAAACGCAUCACAAUACUUUCAUUUAUGUCUUAAUGUUACUUGUGCAUGUUCAAGGUUAGCAGUACAGUGGCAUACAUGUGUGGAUACACGCAUCAAAUUAUCAUAAUAAAAUAAUCUAGACGGUUCCCACUGGUGGUUAAUUCCUAAAGACCAAGUAUUUUAUCAAGUGUAUAGUUUGCAUAGCCUGGCCUUGUAAAAUAAUAAAGCUCUAGUAAAUAAAUACUCUGUAAAUAAAGCCAUUUACAUCAAUGCCUUCAGUCUUUUAUCAUAACUAAUAGUUAUAAUAACAACGGUAGUAAUUUUAAAAAAAAAUAAGAAGUCUGGUGAAACAUGAGUAAUCUUUCAAAUAAAUGUAACCAAGGUCUACACCUCCCUCCCCUUCCCUUCCUCCCCCCCCCCUUCUUAACUGACUACUUCUACAACCAUACCAUCUUGUUUGGCAAUUUUAUGUCUAAACUGAAUGAUUUAUUUAGUUUCGCCAAACUGUUUAAAUGUUUAAUUUUCCAGGUGUCAGUGUUUAGUCCAGCUCCAAGGAAACAUUACUUGAACAUCACCCCAGGCAACAUUCUCCAGAUCUACCCUGCCGACCCUCAGAAUAUCAUCAACAGUCAACCUUUGGUAAGAAUUACACACAUCCCUGCAGCUAGCUGUACAGCUAUGCAUACAUGGGUGUAAGACGUUGAGAACCUACAUCUAUACAACCCAUUUGGACGUGAACACCCCCUAACCGCCCAUGUGGAACCAGAUCCCCUGUACCGCGGUUGAGUGGUCUGCUUGUCAGACUCGCCAUCCGGGUGGUGCCAGAUUCGAGUCCCGCUCUGGCCGCUUGCUGGAUUUGUUCUCGGUCGUCCCGAAUUCAAAUCUUCGGCCAUGCUUUUAAAAUAGCCAACUGGUUCGCCUCCUACCAGUUGGGGUUUUUAAUCCUGUUAUGUUCUAUUUGGAUUCUUUGUCUCUAAUAUUUUUAGUGGAGUGCCUGUAAACUAGCUGGGAAAGCUAUGUUCACUUCCACCAUAAACAAACCUUUUCCUUCUUAUGACUUCAUAAUUAUUAAAGCAUCGACCCUGAGAAAAACACAAAAAAUCAUUUACAUUUUACCAGAAAAUUCCUAUGAAAAUAGUAUUCUACUGCACAACAUGUCCUUCAAAAUUUGUUACGAUGCACAGGUUUUGCGCGGAAAUCUUGUCUCGCCGGAAGAAUCCUUAAGUAAAUGCCAUGAAAUGCCCAGAGAAAGGAAAAGAAACAACGGGGCAAAAAACUUAAAAUCGUGGGGGUAGCUGGAAUUAUGACCUUUAUAUAAACGUUCUUUACUUUUCGAGCACACCCUCAAUUUUUUUUUUUUCAUCAAGGCAUCACAGUGUACUCAAGUGGACAGAAAGCAGAUGGAGCACAGGUAUCUUAUAUACAGUGAAAAUUUUAUUGUCUUUUUAAUAUACAUUCUAGUGCUUAGUGAGCAGGUUUAGAGAAUUAACCAAUACAACCUCGUUCCCAGGGUUCUCUCCUACCCGUCGGGACGGUUAGGAGAGAGAACCUGGGAACGAGGUUGUAAACCAACGUUUGUUGUUAUCGACUAGGCUUCAUGCAAUUAGCCUGGGAGAGAAGUGGCCAAUUUUUUUUUUUGUUUGUUUGUUUUUUUACCCUUCAAUUCGUUCUACCUUUAGUUAAAAGAAUAUUCAUCUUAUUCUUUUUUCUUCGUUAUGUUAAUUUUUGUUUGUUUGUUUUGCUAGGCCAGUGAGUGAAAGUGGUGUUGCUAUAGAAGCUGUGGACCUCACAGCUGGUCCGAGUGAAGAAUCUACUGAAGAGGCCGAGCUAUGGAAUCAGAAAGGUAAAACGUCCGACUGCAACCCUUACAUGUAUGUACAUGUAGCUUAAAAAACUCAGGAACUCGGUGAUAGCUUGCAAAACAUGUCUCAACUGGGCGCUUGAAAUUCAGCGAAGAACUUGCGUUAGUUUAGUUUUUCUUACUUCACAUUCUUAACUUUCAGUGGGCUCAUUUGUGCAUCAAGGGCAAAAUUUUCAGAUUCUUUUUUGAUGUAGCUAGAGAGCUUUCUAUUUCAUCAUACUCAUUUUUUGCACUGUCACUAACGUUUGUAGAAUUAAAAUCCUCGUCAUUAAAUGUUUCCAAGCUGCCUAAUCAAUUUUGUUCGCCCUUUUCUUCAUGUAUGUGGUGUGUAUCUAUCUCCAGAGCAUCAGCGCAUUGAAGUAAAACUUAUCUAUGUUCUAGUUUGUAGAUCCAGUAGUCGAACUUAACACUAGAUAUUCCAGAAGUAAGUGCUGCUGAGGAAAAAGGGAUCAAGCCAGUUUCAGAUGACGUGAAGACACUUUCUACACACACUGUAAAAACUGUAAUCUUGUCUUUCUUUCUUUUUUUUUUUUCCUCAGACUGUUUCGAGGAUUUGUUGGAAGGACUGGACGAUGAUGACGACCUAUUGGAUGAGGCUCUUCUGUUAUGA